UGAAAACCCAACGUUUACACCUCCAAAGUUGUUACGUGGCAAUCUUCUUUUAAAUUUGCUAUAGCCCUUGUCUCAAGAUUGUAAACUUAAAUAAGAUACAUUCUUCUUCAAUAAGUAUUCUCAAAAAGUGUUUCUUGAGCUUUUCUUUUAGGCUUGAAGAUCUUUUGUUAUUGCAUUUUGCACAAGUUUUCUCCAUCAGCCAUGGAUUUUCGCAUAAUGUCCUUCUUGCUUUCAUCUUUUCUUCCAUUCAACGGUGUGUUUUCAGCAAAAAACGAUUCCACAGCUCCGGAUGUCGUGAACAUUGGUGCCAUUUUCGUAUUAAGCACAAUCAACGGCAAGGUUGCGAAAAUCGCCAUGAAUGCUGCAGUCGAAGACGUGAACUCUGAUCCCAAAUUCCUUGGUGGCAGAAAGUUAAACCUCUCCACACACGACUCAAAUUACAGUGGCUUUCUUAGCAUUAUCGGAGGAUUGCGGUUCAUGGAGAUGGACACCGUGGCAAUAAUCGGGCCCCAAGUCUCGGGCACGGCCCACAUCCUAUCCCACCUGGCAAACGAGCUCCAAAUCCCCAUGCUAUCCUUCACAGCCCUCGAUCCCACACUCUCCUCCCUUCAGUACCCUUACUUCAUCCAAACAGCCCCUAACGACCUCUACCAGAUGUCAGCCAUAGCUCAACUCAUUAGUUUCUGGGGUUACAAGGAAGUCACAGCCAUCUACACGGACGACGAUCAGAGCCGAGGCGCCAUGUCAGCGUUAGGCGACGAGUUAUCCAAAAGGCGCUGCCAAAUCUCCCACAAAACCGUGCUCUCGCCCGAAACCCUUGCGAAUAAUUCCGAGAUAAUAACCGAGCUCGCGAAAGUCUCGAUGGCCGAGUCACGGGUGAUCGUGGUCCACUCGUACGCUGUAAUCGGGCUCCGAGUCCUGAGCCUGGCCCGCGAGAUGAAUAUGAUGUCACGAGGCUAUGUUUGGAUCGCGACAGCCUGGCUCUCCACCGUGAUCGAGUCGGACCCCGGUUUCGGGGAUAGUCACUCGGGUGAAAUGCAGGGGAUUAUUGCCCUGCGGCCACACACGCCGGAUUCCGAAAGGAAAAGGGCGUUUUCGUCCAGAUGGGGAAAAUUGAGCAACGGGUCGGUCGGGCUGACCACGUACGGUUUCUACGCUUACGACACGGUUUGGACUGUCGCGUGUGCGGUUAGAGCUUUUCUCGAGCGUGGGGGGAAUAUCUCGUUCACGAGAAUAAGGCCCGGUUUUUCGGAGAGUCGGAAGUUGAAUCUUGGUGCCUUGAGUAGAUUUGAUGAAGGGAGUGAUUUUCUCGAGGAUAUACUUAAAACGGAUAGGACGGGUUUGACGAGUCGGGUCGCGUUCGAUCCGGAUAAAUCCGUGGUUCGUCCGGCUUUCGAUAUUUUAAAUGUGGUUGGAAAAGGUUACAAGCUGGUUGGAUACUGGUCAAACUAUUCCGGACUCUCGGUUUUGCCCCCGGAGGUUUUGUAUGGUGAGAGGGCUAAUAUGUCGAGCUCGAGCCAGAUGUUGGGGGAAAUUGUGUGGCCUGGUCAAACGACGAUCAAACCGAGGGGGUGGGUUUUCCCGAACAACGGGAGGAAGUUGAGGAUCGGAGUUCCUGACAGGGUCAGUUUCAGAGCGUUCGUGUCGAAAGACGAAAAUACCCACGAGAUUCGCGGGUAUUGUGUUGAUAUAUUCCUCGCGGCCGUAAACUUGCUUCCUUAUGCCGUGCCUCAUACGUUCGUUUUGUUCGGAGAUAAGCACCAUAAUCCGAGUUACGGCCAGCUCGUGACCAUGAUCACUUCCAAUGUUUUUGAUGCGGUUGUUGGGGAUAUUGCGAUUGUGACCGAGCGAACGAAGAUUGUGGAUUUUACUCAGCCGUAUAUAGAGUCGGGCCUAGUGGUGGUUACGCCUAUGAGAAAGUUGGACUCGAGCGCGUGGGCUUUUAUGCGACCAUUUAAUCCUCUGAUGUGGGCCGUCACAGGCAUUCUAUUCCUCGUUGUUGGGGUUGUAGUUUGGAUCUUGGAGCAUAGGAUAAACGACGAUUUUCGCGGCCCGCCUAAGAAACAAUUGAUCACAAUGUUAUGGUUUGGCUUCUCAACUAUGUUCUUUGCACACAGAGAAAAAACUAUGAGCACACUCGGGCGAAUGGUCCUAAUCAUCUGGCUUUUCGUGGUCCUUAUAAUCACAUCAAGCUACACAGCCAGCUUAACCUCAAUCCUCACCAUCCAGCAUUUGUCUCCGUCCAUUCAGGGGAUCGACUCAUUGAUCUCGAGCAAUGGCCGUGUAGGUUUUCAAGUCGGCUCUUUUGCCGAGAGUUAUUUGGCGGACGAGCUCAACAUCGCCAGGUCAAGGCUUGUCCCGCUCGACUCCCCUGAAGCCUAUGCAGAUGCUCUUGACAAAGGGAGAGUUGCUGCCAUUGUCGACGAACGUCCGUACGUCGAUUUAUUUCUUUCGAAUUAUUGCAUGUUUCAAGUCGUCGGGCGCGAGUUCACCAAGAGUGGUUGGGGAUUCGCAUUCCCAAGAGAUUCUCAACUCGCUACGGACUUAUCGACUGCCAUCUUAACCCUAUCCGAAACUGGAAAGCUCCAAGAGUUAAGGAAAAAGUGGUUAAGCUCAAGAAGCUGCCCCCAACAAGGCUCAGACGAGGACUCAGAGCAGCUUCAGCUCAAGAGCUUCUGGGGGCUCUUCCUUACAUGUGGGGUGGCAUGCUUUUUGGCACUAUUGGUUUAUUUCUGCUCAAUGGUCCACAAAUUCAAGCGCUACAUAUCCGAACCUUCCGCACCUAGCAGCAGGAGCUCGAUAUCCAUGCAGAUCAAGGGAUUCUUGUCAUUUGUGGACGAGAAGGAGGAAGAGAUGAAGAACAUGCUCAAGAGGAAACGAAGGGUGGUGGUGUCGAGGGAUCCCCAAAUGGGAGUCGAAUGAUGACUUGUUAAGGCGCCCGGUGUGUAUAGAAAACUACUCGUACGUUGAUUCGAGCUCUUUUUUCAGAUCGGGCAAUAAGAGUGGAGGCCAUGAGAUGUGCAUGAAACAAAAGAGCAGAGGUAUUUAUCCCUUCUUGGCUUGUUCAAGGAAAAGAAGAAAAGGAAUAUAUGCAUGGAUAUAAUGAUGUUAUUGAUGUAUAGAUAAAUAUAGUUUUAUUAUUUUUCAAUUAAUAUUAUUAGAUAACUUAUAUAUGCAUGAAUAUAUAGUUUUAUGCAUGUUAUUGAUUCCAAGGACUGAGGAACAAAGCCUCACGCAAAUGAUGAUAUCCCAUGGUGUAUUUCUGAAUUAUUUUGGUAUUGGUAGUUAUACAUCCCACAAUUCCCCAUAUCCAUAUCCAACAUGCAACUCUUUUC